GGUGUUUCAUUUGUCUGAGCCGCCGCUGGGCUGCCGUUGUCGCGCUCUCUUACCUCACCGUGCAGGAGUAGUGUCCUGUUUUUAAGCUGUUAAAACAGCUGUUAUCUAGAGAGUUUAUAUAACUGAUACAUCCUGAUACAUUUCCCUGCAUGGGAGACGUCACAGCUUCAAAAAUGAGCAGUCUGAGGGCGUGUAAGGAACCAUUUGACAGAACCAGCUCUGAACCUGUGGAGGACACAGACACCACCAGCUUUGUGGCAGAAUUUUCCUUGGAGGCCAAUUAUCCAGUGCAGGUGACAGAUCCCCAUGCAGAUGCUGUGACACUCCACCUGAGCUCCAUGUCCUCUGGAUACCUGAGCCCCUCCUCAGACAGAAUAAGACAGCCAGUUGAAGAUGUUGAAGAAUGCACCUGCCCAACAUCUAUUUCACCAGACUACCCCAAAGAACUGCAGUUACUAAACAGCCCCUGUGAAAAAUGCUGCUGCCCAGCACCUCCCCCCAAGAUCAGCGACCUCAUGAAUGACAAAGAUCUCCUAGAUUUACUUCGGCUCAAACUGGAUCCAAACCACUGCACCAUCAAAAACUGGAAGAACUUUGCGAGUCGUUGGGGGAUGAGCUAUGAUGAACUGACCCUGCUGGAGCACCGGACCCAGGGCUCUUUGUCCCUCAGCCCCACCCAGGAGUUCCUGCUGCGUUACAACCAGAAGACGGUCACUGAGCUCACCGAACUUUGCCGCAUCUACCAGCGCAUUGAUGUGCUGCGACUGCUGCAGAGCUGGAUAGAGAAGGACUGGCCAUCACGCUGGCAACAGACUCAUUAACCAGUUUGACUCUCUGUAGAUAUGUAUUCUGUCUCUCUUUUUUUCUUCUGUCAGGGUUGUACUUGUUAGGGAUUUCUUCUUCUUCAUGAGCUUGGAUACAUUUUACCAAAUUUUUAUCAUUAGUAACUUUAGCAAGUGAUCUUAAGAAAAAGAUAAAACAAUGAUCAACAACUGAGAACAGCAUCACUGGGUGCUUCAGGUAGCACAGGAUCUUACAGACAGUAUAGAAUUUACAAGACUUACUACCGAUUAACAGUUUGGCUUGUUGAUGAUUUUUAGUCAUGUUAGUGCCGUGGCUCUAGGGAUAGUAAUGUUGUUUUGUCUGUUGGUCAGUCAGGUGCUACACCACUUUGGUGCAGACUGAAGUAUCUCAACAACUGCUGGAUAGAAUGUCCUGAAAAUGUGUAAAGACAUUCAUGAUUCUCAGAUGAUGUAUCCUAAUGACUCUGGUGAUCCCAUGGAUGUAUAAAGAGAACUGUAUACAGCAUCAGAGGCGGGGCUCCGUUCAUUCCUAUGAAAGCUGCUCAGUGGCACAUAAAGCCAAAAAAGUUUGACUUCCAGGUAUACAAUUACCCGGAUCUUCCUAUAGUUUCUGCAUUGUGCGGCCCCACAGACGCAAGCGCACUAGCGUUUUCUUUAACCCCGCCUCCAUCGGCGGGCUCAGGGCUGUGCAAGUUGGCUAACUUACGGUUUAGCCCUCUGCUAACUUGCAUGGGGAUAAAAUGAUUUAAUCAUGCAGCUCUUUCUUUCCAAAUGUUAUCGGACCGAAUGGAUCAAAUGCUGAUAGUGAAACAAGUCAUUUCACGGAGGUUGUGACGCUGAGAAAAAAUUAACCACCGUUUUACAGCCACUUCUUUCACAAUGUAAGUCUAUGGGAACAAGUCUUGUGGGGCCAGUGUGCAUCAUGUGACGGACCCGGAAGUUGUAAUUCCACGGUUUGGCCACUAUGUCAAAUUGGCUUCAAAGCCCGGCGCACUUCCUGGGGGCUUGGGUGAUCCUCUGACUUUUCCUCUAGCACCACCACGAGGUUGACAUUUGUGUGAGAUGUCUCAACAACUAUUGGAUGGAUUGCCAAGAAAUUUGGUACACACAUUCAUGGUCCCCUCAGGAUAAUUUGUAAUAAACUUGGUGAUCCCCAGAUUUUUUCUUUAGCACCAUCAUGUUGUCAAAAUUUUUAUUUGUCCAAUACUUUGGUUUAUGACCAAAUACCAGCAUCUAUACUGUGUUAAGUGCUAAUUAACAAAUGUUAAGAUGCAAACACGCUAAUUUUAACAUCACAAAUAUUAUACCUGCUAAACAUCAGCAUGUUGGCAUUGUCAUCAUGUGCAUGCUGAUGUUAACAUUUAGCUCAAAGCACUGGUGUGCCCAAGUACAGUCUCACAGAGCCACUAGUAUGGCUGUAGACUCUUAGUCUUGUUGAUUUGCAUCUGACUGCAUAUGUCUGGAUAAUAAGCAAAGCACAAAGGGAAUGGCAGAGUAUUUAUUUGUAAUUAAAUAUUUUGUUUCAUUCUUGGAAAUAACACUCAUAUAGCAUACACGCAAUGUUAGCAGGAUGUAUGUCACAACCUUUGAGUAAUAAUCUCAUUGGCUGUGUCUUAUUUAUUGUUGUUCUAUUGUUGUGGAAUUGAGCUAUGUGGGAGAUAUCAAAACAAAUGAAGAGAUAGAUCAACAAGUAAAAUAAUUAUUUCAUAGAUAUUGCCUUAAUUUGGUCUAACAAACAAAAUAUUCUAAAAACAAAUUGUUACAUUUUGCAUACCGAAACUACAGUUAAAACUUUUAAUGCUCACAUCAAUGUUAUUUGUCAUUCAGUUUUUGUUUUUUUUUAUGUUUUUGGAAACAACUGGAUUUUAUUUUUUUAUUUUACUUAUUUUCUCAGAUGAAAUAAACUCAAUCCCUGUAAAA